CUCUACAAGUCAAAAAACAACAUUUGUCAAAAGUGUGAAGACAAGAAAUCAUUCACAUAAAUAAUGGACUAAACCACGAAUAGUCUUGGGAGCCAAAUCCAUAUAUAUAUAUGUAACCUUGAUCUGGUUGUUCUGCCUGCAGCCAAGUCUUUAGUCUUGUUUAUGUCCCUUUAAUUUCAACAUUAAUUGAUCUAAUAACCAUAAUGGUAUACACUUUAUUAUCACCCAAAUCACAAAACUUCUCAUCAAUGACCCUUAAACAACGCCUCCAAACUGUAGUAGAGAGUAAACCAGGCUUAUUAUAUGCAAUCUUUUGGCAAAUGAAAUCUACUAAUAAGAAAAUCAACCAUAAACGUGUAUUAACAUGUUCAGAUGGUUAUUUGAAGAACUCCAUGAACGUGGGUGAACAUAACGAGAUUGUGGUACCAGGAUGGUUUUACGCCGUCUCCUUAACAAAACUCCUAGACAUCGACGACAACAAUCUCAUCAUUGGGCAAGCCAUGAAAUCAAGCUCCUACAUGUGGCUCAUCAAUGCUGAUCGAAACGCCAACUUCUCGGGGCUCGAAAGGGCGAAAGAAGCUAUACAGUACGAUAUACGAACCUUGGUGUUUGUUCCGCUUACACAUCUUGGCGGAGUAAUUGAAAUUGGUUCUCUAGACGAGAUUGAUGAAGAUAAGAGCUUAAUUGAGCUCACCCACUUCAUAUUCGGUAGUAAUAUCGAUGAUAACAGUGAUCUUACUAGCAGCAGAAGUGAGAGCAGAACAGCAGCUGAUGUACCUGCAAAAAUGCAGCGCAGCAAUCAUGUUGAGGCGGAGAGGCACAGGCGAGACAAGCUCAACCAGCGAUUUUACGCGCUACGGUCAGUAGUUCCCUACGUCUCGAAGAUGGAUAAAGCAUCGCUGCUAUCUGAUGCAGUGACUUACAUCAAUGAGCUAAAGGCACAAGUAAGUUCCUUAGAAGAUCAGGUUCGAGUACUCGAGUCUAGUUCUUCUCCAGUUACUACUGUUAAUAAUAGUACUAAUUCUGUUCAUUCUCAACAACUUACUACAAAUAGUUGGUCAAUGGAGGUAGAGGUUGACGUGAAGUUGAUAGGGGAAGAAGCUGUAAUAAAAGUUCAAACAUCAGGUUUGAAAUUUCCAGAAGCAAAAUUGAUGAACGUGCUAAAAGAAUUGCGUUUAGAAGUUAGCUACGCAACCAUAUCUAAUGUGAACAACGUUGUGUUUGAGAAUGUUAUAGUGAAGAUGCCAACUUAUGUUGAUGAGUUCAUCAGUACUCAAGAAGGUUUGACAAAUGCUAUUCGUCAGAGGCUACAGUGCUGAUAUUGUUGCUAUAUAUAGAUAUGUGGAGAAAGUUAUUGUACUUGCAUUAAUAUUUAAUAGUUUGUGUAUAUGAAAAAAUUUGUCAUAUUCGAUCUUAUUAGAGCUAUUUUAGAGAUAUAUUGUUUAGAAUCUAUGAUUCCUUCUAGCGUAGAAUUAGUACGAGAGCAUUAUUUUAAUUAGGGUCAUUAGGUGUGUAAUCUAGAAGUAGUAAUAUUGAUUAAGGGUCUUUAAGAUGUGUGCAAAUAGACACACAAUAGCAGUAACUAGUAGUAAUAUUUAUGUCAUUAUGUAUUAUUGUGUACAUGUGAAGUUUUGUUACAUAAUGAAAUAUAGUGUAGCAUGUUACAUCUAAGAUGUA